UAAAAAAAGUUAGGGUUUUAUUGUGAGUUUAUAGCAUUGGAAAACACUAUUGGAAAAUGCACUGUAAACAAACAUCAUAAUGUAUUUCUACAGUGCAUUUGUACAAUGAAGAUACCAAGCAUGCAAUGCAGCAUGAAUAACUUAUGCUGUAGAGAUUUUUGAUACAUUUUAUCUGUGCUGCUGAACUUAUUUUUUGUUCACUUUUAGCAGUUUGUGUUGGUUUCCUUUUUAUUAUUUGUAGAGCAUCACCACUGUUGUGUUUUGUAUGUCUGUAUUUUCUUAUAAGCAUCACCUAAUGAUGCACAAUCUUGUGUUUCAUGAUAAUGUUGUAUUAUUCAGAUAUUUAUUUCAACAGUUGCUUUGUUAUUGUGUAAUCUCCAUCUACAAGCAAUUAUGAAUAUGGAAUAAGUUACUGCUGGAUCUCCAUGUUAAAAUUAAUCAUUCAUGCUCAAGCUAAAAAUAGUUUGACUAAAUUAAGAAUAUGAAUAUUCCAUAUUCUAGCUCAUCACUGUUUUAACAAAUGUUUUCAUUUGAGACACUUCUGACUUGGUUAGAUCAAGAAUUCAAGAAUGAAUAUACAAUGUCCAAAAUCCCAAGCAAAUGGACACUAAUCACCAUUAUGGUGACUUUGAAACAAUGACAAUUGAUUUCUAACAGUGCACGGUUAAAGACAACUUCAUAAUGUGAAUUCACAGUAAAACAAGAGCCGUAAAUUACUGAUAUUAGCAUCAUUUUGUGUUGAUUCACAUUCAUUUCUAAGAAAAUAUCCACACUGUAACAACAACUAAAAUAAAAGUCAAGUGUCAAGAGCCCAACUGAAGCAAACACUUAUUACUGUAAAGGUGACUUCAAAGAAAACUUAAAUAAAACAUCAACAUCUAAACCUCUGUUGUUUCUCAAUAAGAACUUCUGUAGACAUCUGAGAGAAGUAAAGUCAAUCUGGUUAGUAAUAAGUGAAGCUGGUAGUGCUGUUUGUGGAGUUUAAUCAGAUCUUGAUAGAUUCAGUUGAUUUCAUCUGAUGUAGCUGGAAGUCAGUUGUAGUUCUUGUGUUUCUGCUCAUCUCUUUUUUCUGUUCUUGUUGUUCCUCUUUCCUUCAGUGAUUCUGAUUGUUGACAGCAGGUGUUCAUCACAAAUGCUCAAUCACCACUCUGGUCUUGAUUGGUCUUGGUCUUAGUCUUGUUCUUGGAGGUCUGGUCUUAAAUUCACCUCUGACAUUUUCACAUGUUUCAGUUAGUCCAGCUUCAGUUAGUCCAUAGUCCAGCUAUUUGCAAAUAAUGUCAAUGGAAAUGUUGAGGUUUUCUAUGCAAAGUCACUGUGUGAAUAGGUUGUUGUUAGAGAUCAGACUGCAGAGCACAGAAUCAGAACAGGACGAUCAGUGGACAGGAGAGUAUUGCAGACAGAGUGAGUUGAGUCAAUAAAGUAUCUUAAUCUGAAGAGUCUAGUUUGUCUGUGUAGUUUGUCCAGGUGUAGUACGUUUCCCAUCGUGACCUGAGAUUGAUAACCAGCGAAUCGUCAAGAAGCAGAUGUGAGAUGAGCACACUGUGGCUGCCACUUCUCCUAAGCUCAGUCAUAUGGGCAGAGGAGGAUUAUUUUCAUAUUUCCCCCAAUGCCACAUGGGACAACUACAAGUUCCCUGAGCAAAAUACCACAUGGGAUGAGGCCAGGGACCACUGCCAGAAAUGUUUCAAAGAACUGACGACCAUCACCAGUGGAAACGUCCACCUCAUUGUGCGGAAGAAUGCCUCUUUGAACUACUGGAUCGGGCUCCGCAGGAGUUACAAUGGCACCGUCCCAUGGUCCAAAUGGUCCAAUGAGGAUCCCGUUACAUAUCAGAAUUGGUACCCUGGUCAUCCUGUGCCAAAUAAAGAAAAGAAAAAGAUUUCUAUAUGUUUCUCAACUACAGAAACUCCACUGAGCACCCUAAUAACUACCCCAACAUCUACCCCAGUGACCUCAACACAAACCUCUACAGUAACUACUCCAAUAACCUCUCCAGAGACAUCUUCUAACAAAACAGAUGGAAUGUGUCCUAUACUGAUUGAGAUCCUUGAAUGCUUAAAUAUGGUAUGUAAUAUGACAUAUAAUGAACUAAAAGAUGCAGUGCAUAAGUACACAUAUGUGAUACCCCAGUCUGUCACCCCUAACACCACAACAUAUAGCACCACCCCUCAUGCCACCACAUUUAGCACAGUCUUUAAUACCGCAACAAAUGGCACUACGACAGAGAGCACCACAGCCAGCAACUGCAUCCUCGUAGAACAGCCGGAUCCUGAAGUGUACAUCGAGGAUGCCUGCGUGGUCCUGCUCAGCUAUGGCAUGUGGAAAGAAGUAAAAUGCAAUGAAAGUCAUCCCUUCGUCUGUUAUGAUGAACAAUUUUUUGGACAAAUAAACAUUUCCAAUGUGACCAAGAACACAGGCAAUCUGAGCUGGAGUGAGGCUCCUGGAAACAUCACUCACUACAGAGUGGAAAUCACUGGGAACCAGACAAACCAGACAUUUAACAAUGAAACGACUAACCUGUAUACAGAAAUAAAGGAUCUGGUCCCGGGAAAUCUGUACAGUGUUCAGGUGUUUCCUGUGAAAUGUGGCAGGGAUCUCAAGCCGCAGAAUAUCUCCUUCUACACCAAGCCAUCUGCUGUUGAAAAUCUGACAGUAGUGAGCGUGACGACUGACAGCAUCUUACUCAACUGGAGUAAACCAGAAGGAGGCAGUGAAUUCUAUUCAGUAGAGUACAGGAAGCAGAAUGAAUCCUAUACUCAACUAAAAAAAACCAAAUGCAAGGACAGCAAAGAGUGCAAUGUUACAGGUCUUUCUCCAGGAUUUGAGUAUAAUUUCACGGUUAAAGCUGUAGUGAACGAGAAUAUUGAAGGAGAGUCAAGCAGCGUUUCUGAUUACACCAAGCCUUCAAAGGUUGUAAACCUAACAUCAACAAAUGAUAAAAGCACAGACAUUAUAGCCUCUUGGAACCUUCUUGCUGGUAACCAUUCAGGUUACCGCUACUGUCUUUAUGAAGGCAGUGACUGUACUACCUUUGAGAAUCGAACAAACUGCAGCAUUACAACAAACGAAACAAUACAAGAGUAUGGAAAAACAGAUGGCACCAGGUAUUGCCUGUGUGUGGAAGCACUAACAAAGAAUAACAGCCUAUCAGGAGAAAUGGUUGGAAUCCCAGCAUACACACUCCCGAAUACUGUGAGCCUCUCUUUGGAAGCCAAAAGCAAUUCCAUAACAGCCAGCUGGACAAUACAUGGGAAUUAUGAAAAAUUCAAUGUGACAAUUGAAACAACUCAAAUCUCUCCAAACUAUUUUAUCUUUUCCAUUACUAAUAACUUGACUUACACUUUCGGGGGCCUGAUGGCAGCAGUGAAUUACACCGUUACAGUUGUCACUCUUAAUGGUGACCUGAAAAGUAAACCUGCUACAAAUUCAAAGUACACAGUCCCUGUUAGUCCUAGUUGGGUAAAUGCCAUCUCUGACAAAACUAACAUAACUGUAACCUGGGGAGCUCCAGAAGACUCAAAGGAUGCCUUGAUUGAGUAUUUUGUGCAGUGUCGUACUGAUUUCUGGAAAGAAGUUUUUCAUAACACAACAACUAAUACAAGCAUCAGCUUUACUCAUUUAAAACCAGGAACAAAAUAUGACUUUAAUGUCAGUGUUGUGGCUGGAAAUUUGACGAGUUUGCCAGUCAACACUUCUACAAAAACAGAGCCUGAGAAGAGGACACUGAUCCUCACAAUGUUGUGCUCCUCUGAAACGCCACUUCAAUGUGAAAAAAAUGAAACUCAGACUGAUCUAUUAGAUGAGCUGAACAAAACAUUUAAUAAUGGAUUUCACGACUUGGUCCACUGGAAGCUGAAGUGGGUGGAGAGGAAGGUGAACAAUCCUUAAAGCAAACGCUGGGUUUAUAAAAACAGCUGGAUAUCCAAGCAGUCACAUUUAUUGUGAUUAAUUUCUUAACAAAUAUUUGUAGGAUUUAUAUUUAAUGCUAACUCUCUGUCCUUUGAAUCCCUAUGGAUAUGAUCAUUAAGUCAUAAAAACAUACUGUAUGUUUUUACAUUAACUCAUCAAGAUAAUUUCAGCUAAUUUUUUGUAUGCCAUACAAGAUUCUGCUCCAUUUUAAGUUUAAAAAGUUUAAAAACUUAAGACAGCAAGUUGACUUUUUUUUUUUUUUUUUACAGUAGCUAACAUGAAAAACUAAUACUGAAAUGUGUGAUUUGUUUUGUUUUCUGAUCGUGAAUUCAGAUUUUGUUGUUUAGCAGACACUUUUAAGCUUUUCUUAAAAGAUGCUCUCAGUAGUUUGGGUUCUGAUUCUCAUUGGUUUUCAAUUGCAUUUUUUUUCUUUUUACAAAAUGCAGACCUGUAUAAUGUGAAUAUUGUGGUGUGAUGAUAAUUUGCUGUAGUCGAGGGAGCUAUAAUUCAUUUGUGUAACACUGUAACAUGUAAUCAUUUUUGUCAGUGACAUUUGCUAUAGCUACAUGUGAAUUGCAGUUUUCAUUUUUUAUGGUGGAAAAUUUUUAUUGUUACUAUUUUAGAUUAUGGGGGGAAUUGGUUUCAUUAUAAAUAAAGCUAUUCCAUAUCAA